AUGGAGGUGGAAGGCGUGAUGGUCUCCUACAACUACUCCGACGACGGUGAACAUGCUAACAUCCUAACUGUGUCCGCAUCAGGCAUGAAAUUCUCAAAACGAUGGGUACUCACACACGGCUCCAUACUUUCUCCAUUAAAACAAGCGGACGUCAUAAAGAACGCCCGAGGAAAACCCAUUUUGAACGAAGACUUCUAUGACCAUUUACCAGAGAUUUACGUGACGUGUGAGAAAUCACACUCGAAGUUUCCAAAUGUGUAUGAUAAAGUUGAAAAUAUAAGCAGAGAGAGAAGUUUGGAUAAUGAUACUGAUUUCGAACACAGUAGCUAUCAAGUCAGAGUGUUGACUGGGAGAAUUUGUCACGUCUGGCAGUGUCCAGUUCUAGACAGAUGUGUGGAUGACAUAUUAUACAGCUGGACCAUUGGUCACCGAGAUGGGGAUAUGGAGACACAGAGUCAGCUCGGAAAGGCUCUUCUUUCUGUUUUCGUGCUUGUUGACCUUGAGAGUGAUAACCGAAGUCGCCAAACUCUAAGGCCACUUUCAGAGUUACUGGACAUAGUCGAAGCGCCUCCAGAACGCGGUACCAACAUUCAAGUACAUUCAACACCAUUUGGUUGUGAGGUAUUCCUAAACGCAGUGACGCGCGGUUCUGUCUGCGGACUGGUGGGGAAGAGACCAUCUCUCGUACUGACAGACGCGGCGACUGCCUUAGGUUCUGAAGGAGGACCUGUGUUUACUGAAGGAAAUGAACGGCGCUUGGUGGGCGCGGUGGUGUGCAGCGUGUCGUGGUGGCGCGGCGAGUGGGUGGGGCUGACGCUGCUGGCCCCGCUGCGCGCCGUGCUGGCCGCCAAGCUGCGCGUCCCGCCCGCGCACCCGCCGCGCGCGCCGCCCGACCCGCGGCUCGCGGCCGUGCUGGAGGCGGUGGACCGCAGCACGGUGCUGGUGCGCUGCGGCGCAGCGUGGGGCGCGGGGCUGUACGUGGGCCGCGGGCACGUGCUCACCUGCGCGCACGUCGUCAAGCACCACGCAUCAUACAAAGUGUCGCUGUACUGUCAAAAAGUGAAAGAGACGGCCAUAGUGCGGUACAUGACAAAAGACGACAAGGCUUACGACCUGGCGUUACUCUACACGAACCCCGAUCAUUGGACACAUCUGACACCGGCUGUUUUCGCUGAGACACCCGCUAUAAAAGGCGAAUCAGUAUUAGCAGCGGGUUUCCCGUACUUCAAUGAGGACAACCUGGACGAUCUGAAGCCCACCGUCACGAGCGGUCAUAUCAACAACGUAUCGCCCUCCAUGAUACAAACUUCGUGCUGCGUGCAGUCCGGCUUUAGCGGUGGGCCGAUAUUCCGCAUCGGCGCGGACUUACGCGUGUCGGUGCUGGCCACGAUCGUGAGCAACGCCAAGACGCAGGCCGGCGCCAGCUACCCCUACAUCAACAUGGCCGUGCCCACGCGCGCCUUCCUGCACCUGGUGCAGCACUUCAUACUCGACAGGGAUGACAAGCAACUAGCUAACAUAGAGAGCAACAAAGAAAUGAUACAAUCACAGUGGAGGUUACUGCCCUAUAGAUCGAAAAUAUGAAGCUUAGUGUAAUAUCAUCUUUGUAAAUAAUUAUGUAAAACGUUUUAAUUGAAA